CGUAAACACAAGAAGGAGCUGACGUGUUGUUGUGAGGCACCGAGACGUGGACUUCUCACGGGCUUUAAAUAUCAAAUUCAUGUGAUUAUAGUCAUUUCUGAUAACCGAGUGAAGAGCAGGAGACAGGAUGGAAGCUUCUUACAACUCGCGGUGUCCAGCUGUGAAGCGAUUGUUUCGUGAAGCAAAAGAACUGCACGAGGCAACAGAGGAAUAUUACGCUCAGCCUCUUGAGGACAACCUUUUUGAGUGGCACUUCACUGUUCGUGGACCACCAGACACAGAGUUUGAUGGAGGGAUAUAUCAUGGUCGUAUUAUCAUGCCAGCCGAUUAUCCUAUGAAGCCACCAAAUAUUAUAUUCCUAACGCCUAAUGGAAGAUUUGAAACCAAUAAGAAGAUUUGUCUGAGUAUCUCAGGACAUCAUCCAGAGACCUGGCAGCCCUCAUGGAGCAUUAGGACUGCACUUUUGGCUAUUAUAGGCUUCAUGCCCACUCCUGCCAAUGGCACUAUUGGUUCACUGGACUACACAGCUAAAGAACGUGCAAAGCUUGCUAAAAAAUCACAGGAAUAUGAGUGUCCAGAUUGUGGUUGCAUCAAUUCCCUGCUGAAGGAGAGGACAGGAGACAAUAAAGAUUUACAACAAGAAGCUCGAGAAGUCAUGAGCCAGUGUGCAGUAUCAAUCAAGGCUGAUACAAAAAAUGGUAGUGAUCAAGCAUCAGGUACUGCUGAUUCCUCCAAUACCAUAAGUAAAGCAGAGGAAGCAGACACAGAACAUAGUUCCCUAGCGGAUGGAGAAGACACAACAAUUGCUGCUGAAACCCAAGGGAGUGCGAACCCAGAAUCAACGGUGUCAGCACCACAAGCAACCAAUCAGACAACUCUUCCUGGCAAUCACUUGGCAAACAGGAAUCAGGGUGCCACAGCUGUUGAUCCAGCACCAGAGAUGCUUAUGGAAGGUGUUGCACCCCAUAACGCUCAGACAAAUCCUGUGUCCUCUGCUCCAGUUUCCAGCCCAGGUUUUAUCUAUAACAUGGUCCUGUCAGCUGCGAUAGUCUUAUUCAUUGGUCUUGUAAUGCGUAGAAUAUUCCUUUUGGAAGGAGAUACAUCAGAGGAGCUGGAUGAUUUGCUACUUUGAACUGUAUCACUUAACAUUCUUUUAAUUUGUGAUAGUAAGUUUCACCACUAUGUUUAUUUCUCUGUUAUUUUGUAUAUAAUAUUUAAGUCAUACCAAAUGGUUAAAAUAGUAACUUCCAGUACUUUGCAUAUAAACAUCUGCCCAUAAAUGGUUCUAUGACCUGGUCUCUUCUUAAAGAUAUAGAUUACCAAUCAUUACAAUUAAAAGGCCUCUGCUUUUUAAGUUUUAAUGUAUUUUGAAUAAUGCUUUCCAUUGUUUCCCCAUAUGACCACUUGCAAAGGAAAGUUUCUGGCACUUCAAUUCCUUGUGUAAAGAAGGUACAUAGGUUGUGAGUGAAAAUGAUCAUUCCUCAUAGAGGAAGCUUACAUAACAACAAAGAAGCCAAUUACUGCUUUUGUGGAAUGUUUGUGAUGAAUUUGAGUUUUGAUACCUCAUUCAUAGAGGUAGAAAUCUCUGAUUUAAGAGAGAAAUCUCUAUGAAGGGUUUCAGCACUUUUUGCUGUUCCCAUGAAAUAAACUAUUUAAGUCAUAAUGCUUUAUAAUGCUCAAUAUAUUAGUUAACACUUCAUUGAAUAAAUUGAAUAAACCUGUAGUAGUCUGCCAAUUUAUUGAAAUAAUAAGUAGAUAUUAAGGAGGUGUAUAUUCCUUCUAAGAUAUAUUUGUUAAUCAAUUCUUUAUAGUGUGAAUGAACUGGGUUGUUUGCCAUCAGUAAGUAUAACACCUAUAUGAUGCAGGGGAAAAUCUUUUAAAGUUAUUUUUUUCUAUCUCUCUUUGUGUCAAAAAUUAUAGCCUAGGUAAUAAGCAAAUAUAUUUUUGAAUAGUGAAUGAAUGUAAGCAGUAUGUAACUCGUCAUCUUGUGUAAAGAAUUGCAUGUUUCCAUAACCAUGAACUCAUCCUAUCCGGAAUACAGAUUGUUUAAAUACUAUGUUUGGAGUGACUGAGAGGAAAAUGCAGUAAUGGGAACUUAAUAAUUACUGAGUAGCAUUCUUACUAUUUUACCCUAUUUUCUAAUUUUGAAAAUAUGUCUUAUUGUCAUCUAGAUACUUGAAUUGUAGUCUUAGUGUAUAAAUGAUACAUCUGUUAUGAAAAUGAGGAUUUAAAUAUUCCUUAUUAGAAUUCAGUUAUCUUUUUUGUUUUUAUUAUUUAUUUAUUUAUUAUUAUUAUUUAGUAAUUGUAGGAAUAUUUAAGAUUUGUAUACAUGCAAAUGGUUCUUUAUUUUAUGAGGAAAGAAACAUUGUUUUUUAUUUUAGACUUAGCUUAAGGAGAAUUGUACAUGAUACAAGUAGUAAUGAAUAUUACUUUUUAAUCAAAGCUACUGUUGACAUUUGUGUACAUACAAAUAGCCAUUCACAUUUGCAUUGACAUUCACUUUCACACAUAUGCACAAACAUAUAUAUGCAUAAAUACAUAUACAUACAUAUAUACAUAUAUUUAAGCAUACCCAUGCACAUAUAUACAUGGAUAACAUAUACAUGAAUAUCUGUCUCGGUAUAUGUGUAACAGGCUAACAGAGCUUUCUCUAUGUUGAACUAGACUUCCACAAUCCUAUGGGUUUACAUGGUGCAGAAUGAGCAUUGUGUAAAAGGCAGAUACAAUUUAACCAAAUAAUUGUAGUUAGUCAGGAAACAUUGUUCAAUAUUCAUGUAGUGCUACAUCAUAAUUUUUUUUUACAGUUCCCAUGUAACAUUAAACUGCUACCUGCCUUCUACUGGCAUAUAAGCCAAAGGAGGAUGUGGCCUUAUUUUCCACACUUAUUUAAGUGAUAUACAUAUAUAUAUUUUGAAAACAAGAAACUUAUUAUUACUGGUAUUUGUCGUAUAUAUAUCCAUCCUUGAGUUAGAACAUUAUAGACGGUAUCAGUAAGUCAGUAGCAUUACUAGAUUUAACUCAAACAGUGUAUGAUUGGGAAUAUUUUCCCUCCAUGGGCACCAUUUGAACAUUAGUGGAAAGGAAGGAAUUUUCUCUAUUUGUUGUUUAUAUUAAUGGACUAUUGGUAGAUGGGGCCAUGGCUUUAUAUGUCUAGUCAUAUAUUCAAAUAUAGAAAGGCUCAUAUCAGUAAUAGUGAAUGUAUGAGGUACAAGACUUUUGAUUCUGUUUUGUGGGGAGUUGGUGACACAUUUGCAAAUAAAAUUUUGUGUGUUAUCUUAGUGAUGCAUGCCAAUAAGUGAUUUGAUGCCAUACUAUAAAGGAAGAGGAUUGUAAAAAAAAAAAUUAUGAAAAGAUAGUGUUUACAAUUUUGCCAGGAUAUUCUGUCAAUUUUACCCCCCCCCCAAAAAAAAAAAAAUAAAAAAUUAAAAUAAAAAUAAAAAAUAAAUAAAAGAAAUAAAAAAUCUGAUUUAAAAUCAACAUUACACAAAAGUUGCUUGAAAGAAUUUAAGAUGUAACCAAAUAUGGCUUUACUCCUUGUUUCAUUGAUAUCACUUAUUGGCUAAAGUUACUAUGGUUAAAGGAAAAUGGGUGAAUAUUAAUAAUGGAAUUAAUUUAAUUAAUGGAAAUUCACGGAACACAAUGUUUGAAGGAUUAUAUGUAUCAUUAUUGUAUCAAAAUAUAUUCAUUAAAAUGUUAUUUGAUUUCCCCAUGUAGUUGCAAUAAAGACAAAUGUUAACCUAUGAA